AUGCCAACCACCAGAGCCACCACCAAAUCUACUGCAGCUGCCACCUCUACAGCCAGGAAGAGGCAGGGAUCUGCUGCUGAUCAGACUCCUAAGAAGAGAUUAAGAUCCAACUCAAACAAGAAGGCAUCCAAGGCUGAUCUGGAGGUAGAGAGGGGAGAGGGAAGGAAGGAGGGGGGAGAGGAGGAGGGAGAGGAGGAGGAGGAGAGAGAGGAGGAGGAGGAGGGAGAGGAGGAGGAGGAGGGAGAGGAGGAGGGAGAGGAGGAGGGAGAGGAGGAGGGAGAGGAGGAGGGAGAGGAGGAGGGGGGGGAGGGGGAGGGGGAAGAGGGAGAGGGAGAAGCUCUUGCUGAGCUAGAGGAUGAGGUGGUUGUCAAUAAACCCAGACAUGGAGGGAAGAGGGGGAAGGAUGUUAUUUUGAACAAGGGGUCCAACAAAGGAAAAAUGCAGAGGUGGCAGCAGAAGAAGCCAAGCGAGUCAAACACCAGACUCAUUGCACCACCUGAACGGAAAGCCUCUACUUCCACUUCAUUAUCUGCUGCUCCUCUUGCUGUCCCUGCUGCUGACUCUGCUGACUCUGCUGUUUCUGUUCAUGCUCCUGCUGUUUCUGUUCCUGUUUCUGCUCCUGUUCCUGUUCCUGCUGCGCCUGCUCCUGCUCCUCCUGUUUCUGUUAUUUCUGCUGUUAUUUCCACUAUGAGUCCUGAUACCACUGCUAACUUAAAUAUGCCCACUUCCACCUCUACUGCUAUCAUGACCCAGAGACCUUCAACUCCUGCUAAUGAGCUUGAUGUCACCAUGGAAAGCCCUCCUCGUCCUGAGGGUUCUUCUAGAGCUACAGGUGGCAUUUUGCGGAAUCAGAGGUCUUUACCUUCCCCAGGUUAUUCCAUAUGGAAUCCAUGGAAUAAAUGUUGGCUGAGACCCCAGCCAAUUUCUUCUUCCAUGGACAACAUGGAAUCCAUGUGGAAUGAUGAUGGAAUGACCAUGGAAUGA